UAAGACCGGCAGCAGCUGCGAGUCUCUCGACACCUAGGAUCCACCGUCACACCUCGGGGAGCCUACUCCGCUCUGGACGAUUCGCACAGUAGGCGUUUCUUCCGGUGCCCCCUACCAUCCGCGCGGACCCCGCGCCGAGAACGUACCCCCGCGAGACAGGUGGCACACCACCGUGCGCUGCUCCUAGACUCGCCGCUUAAACGAGAGUGCAACUGCAGUUGGCGGCCGACUUGUGCACGGCUCACGGGAACGCGGAGAAAACGCGCUCGUUCCGACUCGCGGCAGUUUCGGGGAGACCCAAAGAGAAAGAGAGAUGAGAAUCAUAAUUCUAGUCGCAUUUGUCAUGGCCAUUCUGGUGGGCGUCUCGGCGCAGAACUUCAGGCAUUUCUUCGCGGGAUUUAGCCCUUAUUUUCAGACCACAGUAAUGAGGGAUCCAAGAUCUAAUAGAGGUCCGGUGUUAUUCCCACCUGGGCCGCCACCCAACUCAGCUGACACCAGCGGCGUCGUCGUGGGCGCGAGCGGAUACGGAUUCGUUCCACCCAACGCAGGUUACAUCACUUACUUCUACUAUUAGACAUGAUCGUGCGUUAGCAAAAAGAUGACAACUUGAAGAAAAUGGAGGUCAAGGUUUCGGACGUCACGGCUCGCAGACUCCAACUGGAAAUUGUGAUAGAAUUGCAGACCAACGUUACGUGAUGAUGACCAUUGAAGAAAGGACGAGUCCAAAGUAGUUUUCUUAACAAUAGUUGGUAUUCAUGAUUAGUGGCGUGGGAAAGCAUCCACUUUCCGUGAACUUUACUGGAUUACGUAAAGUUCAUAGGACAAAAAAGAAAAACUAUUAGUGCAAUACAAAUAGAGAAAUAUGAGUGUCAGGUUAAGAUAACGAGAUUUUUCUUCUAAAGUUAUAUACAUAGCUUAUUAUAUAGCUCUCAAUCCCUCCUAAAGCAAAGUGUGUACAAAAAGCAUUAAUUAGCGAAAGUGAAAAUUUUAUAUCACCUUAUCUUUUCGACAAGAUUUACGUGCUAUUUCAAUGUACUUCAGUGACGGAAAAGUGAUUGAAUGAGCAAAAUUAACCGGUGGCUAUAAAUAGCAGUCAUAUUCAGAUUGAUAUUACGCCACAUUCGAUAUCUAACUACCGCGAUAAUCUUGUGCAAACACGGUAAUAAGAAUGUCCGUUAUCUGUGUAAUGGAGUUCACGAAGGUGCAAGUCGUAUUUUAUGGUACAUUACUACGGGUACUCGUGUCUUCCCGCGCGCCAGUAACGCCAAGACGUGUGUAAUUAGCAGCCGGCGGAAAACACUGCGUACGACAGUGCAAUCCGAGAACAAAGCGAGCGGGACUGAAUAGCGAUCCGCUCCGCGUUACAGCCGAGAUAUCCGCUUGUGAAACAAGACCGGCGAAUAGGUGGGUUCGCGCUUCGCUAGAUAGCUCCAUAAAAUAAUUAAAGUCGGCGGUGUGUUUUGCCGACCGGUAAGUUAUUUAUUGCGAUUGCAAUGCGAUUUAAUUAAGUGUAGAUAGCCUCUUUCGGGCGAGUGACCGUUUGGUGCCCGCGUUACGAUUUAAACUUAAUCCACGUCGCACAGCUCGGCGCAGCUUAACGUUGUAUGUAAAUACGGCGAAUCAACGAACGAAAGAGCGAAUAGGCCGCGGGUCAAUGAGGCGCGUUUUGAAGUGCCGACGCUUUCAUUUCCGCGCAAUACGGUCGUACUUCUUUAAACUCGUGAUCGCCCGAUCUCUCUGCUAAUCGAUUUCGUACGUGCUUUUAAUUACGUGCGUGCGCGAUGACGAAUGAUAUGCAAAUCCGCAACUUGGUUGAUCCGUGGCCGAUUCUUAGAAGAAUUUACAAAAAACAACCGCAUUCCAAAUGCAAUUAGCUCCCUUUUACGUAAUUUCUGUAGAGAAUACAAUAAUAUUGUCGAUUUUGGGAGAUUUUUGUAAGAUUUUCUUUCGUCAUAAAUGUGUAAAUAUUAUUUAAUUCUCUCAUAUACCUAUAUUAUUUCUCCCAUUAGCGGUUUUAGCAUG